AUGGGACAAGGGCCUUCACAAAAUAAGAAACAAAAGAAAGGUAAUCAAAAACCAAAAUAUGAACCACCAGUUCAAUCGAAGUUUGGUAGAAAAAAGAGAACCAGUGGACCAGCUACGGCAGAAAAAUUACCUAAUAUCUAUCCUAAUACUCGUUGUAAAUUAAAGUUACUUAGAAUGGAAAGAAUUAAGGAUCAUUUAUUAUUAGAAGAAGAAUAUGUUAUAAAUUCUGAAAUAUUAAAACCAUUUGAAAAAAAGCAGGAGGAAGAAAAGAAGCAAUUACAGGAAAUUAGAGGAAAUCCAUUAAGUAUUGGUGUAUUGGAAGAAAUUAUUGAUGAUGAUCAUGCAAUUGUUACCAGUCCAACAAUGCCUGACUAUUAUGUUUCAAUUUUGUCCUUUGUUGACAAAGAAUUAUUAGAACCUGGUUGUUCUGUUUUAUUACAUCAUAAGACAAUGUCUAUUGUUGGUGUAUUACAAGACGAUGCUGAUCCAAUGGUUUCUGUUAUGAAAAUGGACAAAUCUCCAACUGAAACAUAUAGUGACAUUGGUGGUUUAGAAUCACAAAUCCAAGAAAUCAAAGAAGCUGUCGAACUACCAUUAACUCAUCCAGAAUUAUACGAAGAAAUGGGUAUUAAACCACCAAAGGGUGUUAUCUUAUACGGUGCACCAGGUACAGGUAAAACUUUAUUAGCCAAAGCUGUGGCGAAUCAAACAUCUGCCACAUUUUUAAGAAUUGUUGGUUCAGAAUUAAUUCAGAAAUAUUUAGGUGAUGGUCCAAGAUUAGUUAGACAAAUCUUUAAAGUAGCAGGUGAAAAUGCUCCAAGUAUUGUAUUUAUUGAUGAAAUCGAUGCAAUUGGUACUAAGAGAUAUGAUUCAAAUAGUGGUGGUGAAAGAGAAAUUCAAAGAACAAUGCUGGAACUAUUAAAUCAACUAGAUGGUUUCGAUGAUACAAGUGAUGUUAAAGUUAUAAUGGCAACUAAUAAGAUAGAAAGUUUAGAUCCGGCCUUAAUUAGACCUGGUAGAAUCGAUCGUAAAAUUCUAUUCGAAAACCCAGAUUUAUCAACCAAACGUAAAAUUCUUGCUAUUCACACUUCUAAGAUGAGUUUAAGUGAAGAUGUCAGUUUGGAUGAAUUGGUCACCUCUAAAGAUGAUCUAUCAGGUGCCGAUAUUCAAGCCAUGUGUACAGAAGCUGGGUUACUGGCUCUUAGAGAAAGAAGAAUGCAAGUUACUGCAAAGGACUUCGAACAAGGUAAAGAGCGUGUCUUGAAGAACAAGAUUGAAGAAAACUUGGAAGGUUUAUAUUUGUAA